AUGUCCCCAACUCGAGUCACGCCAAGUCGAGGCGACGGCACUCGAGCGCUGGUGGCGUUAUCCCGCUGGGCUUCGCGUCACGCCGAGAAAAAUAAGUUGAGCUCCAAGAAGACAAUUACUCCAGCCGCUCUGAUUGAGAAGACACACACACGGCAACUGGUAGCCCGGGAGAAAGUAUUCGAGCGGCAUCUCCCGUUCUCAUGGCUCCGCUUCUUCAUUGGCCUCGUGUCGCUUGCAUUAGUUUUCUCCGACGUCCUCCGAUCCGGUGUGGGCGUCUCAAAUCUCCAAGAAGUUUACCCGCCUCUGCAGCCCGACGAAGUGGUAAGUUUUGGCACGUCGUGGCAUUAUUCCGUGUUUGCAUCGACUAAAGACGAAGCGUUGAACGGGAGCACGACGGCGCGCGUGUGGAGCUACAAAUUCGACUCGACGUCGGUCACCUGGCGGGCAAUGGCGACGGCAACGUGGCAUUCACCAUGA